ACCCAGUGCGGCGCCCUCUUCAUACGUCAUCUUGUUGGGCAUCUCGUAGACGUACUUGGUGGGUACGGCGAUGGCCUCAGCAAACGUGCCGCUGCGUUGGAAGGCAACAACGCGAUCACCGACCUGUGGAUGUUGAGAACUGAGUUGCAGAUGUAGUGGGUGCGGCUGUGGUCGCCGAGAUACUCAUCUUGGAAGCAAGACAAUGGACUUUUAAUAACCCGUGCUUCUUCGUGGAAUCUCCGAAGUUGCUGCACUGCAGAUGAUUGAUAAGACAUUCAUACCCUUGUGUCCGAAGCUUCCACACCAGUGAAAUGGCUGUGUCAGACUACCUGGCUCUGAUAGUCAUGGCCAUAGCAGCCUGGAGCCAAUACAGAUGCUACUUUCUCCAAGAGGAACUCUCCCGUUGCUCGGAGAAAGAGGAGUUGGGUAAUAAAGUGGUGUCGCAAUCAGAAAUUCAGGAACAUUUAGAUGAUGGUGAAGAGGACCCUCAAAUCGUGGACAGAAGAUUGUUGGCAGGUGGAUCAUCCGUUUGGUGCUCAGGUUCUAACAACACAGACAGGAUGUGUCAGUUUCACAACCUGUGCUUCUCUCAGAAACAUAAGGAGUUUGUCUUCUUAAGUGGUUCUAAGUCAAUCGCUUUCGGGCUUCCUGAGAACCCCUUCGAUCCUGCGCUGGUGGACUUGUCUUCAGUGCCCAACCAUAACACACAGUAUUUUGGAUUCAGUCAUCUGCCAGUGGCGGCGUUGGAAGACACGAACACCGUGGCUGUUUUCAGAGGAAAGCACCUUCUCAUGAAUCGAUUCAACCCGAGUAACAUCAUGCACGUGUUCCACGAUGACCUCCUCCCGCUGUUUUACACCAUGCUUCAGAGUGGACUGAUGGCAAAGGGAGACUUCAAACCCACCGCUAGACUAGUAUUCCUGGAUGGAUAUCCGGCCGGUGAAUUCAUGGACUUGUAUGCCUCUCUGUUCAACUACCGGCCGAUUCUUAGAGAUGAAAUCACGAGCGACUCUGACAGUGCUGACCAGGACAGUUUGGUGUGCUUCGAGGAGGCCUUUGUCGGGUUAUCAAACGUGACAACUUGGUACCAGUAUGGCUUUCAGGUUCCCCAGGGACCGGUUCCAAACACCCUCUUGACAGCCAGGGAGGUGAGGGUCUUUACUUCCUUUGUCCGUAACCAGAUGGGUGCUAGGAGGUGCGAAGCAUCAGAUGAUUACAUUGUGCUGAUCAAGAGAGAAUCAACGAGACUGAUUCUGAAUGAGAUGGAUUUAGUUACCCUUGUUGCACAGGGCACCGGCCUGCGUGUCUUGACGGCAGGACUUGAAGACUACCCCAUCAAAGAUCUGAUAGAGUUGGUGUCUUGCUCCAAGGUUUUGAUAGGAAUGCACGGUUCCCUGUUGAUCCUCUCCAUGUUCCUCCCAGUAGGCUCCAUGCUGUUAGAGCUCUUCCCGUAUGCCAUCAACCCAGACUAUUACACCCCGUACAAGACGCUUGUUCAGCUCCCCGGUAUGGGAGUUGCUUACAGGUCCUGGAGGAACUGGAGCCCGGAUCGGUCUGUUGGGCAUCCCGAUGCACUACCAGCACACGGUGGGAUACGACACCUAAGUCGGCAGGAGCAGAAACAGAUUUUGACAUCGCAAGAGGUUCCCCAGCACCUCUGCUGCUCGAACCCCGACUGGCUCUACAGAAUCUACCAAGACACUGCCGUCGACAUUCCAUCUAUUUUGAACCUGCUUUCAGAAGGUCUUCAAGAGUGCCAACAAUCGAGAACCGAGAUAGCACCUCACUUCCCUGUCUUUCCUAGCAAGGUGGGCGGCAUACAUUGUGACCGAGUUAAAGGGCUUCGUGUAUCAUGGCAACGACCUUGGAAUAUCGAAUACAUGAAUACAAAUGAGGUCAGGUAUGAGCUUUGGACACAGGAGACAGACGGAGACGAUUACAAGGCUUACAUCUUACAACUCGAGGGGUAUACAUUCUCCGAGGGGUAUGAAGACAGCAAAUCCUACCGUGUCUGGGUAAGGUGUUUGGUGGGGAGCAUCAAGGGGCCGUUUUCUAGUGUCGUUUGCUGACAGCUGAACAUGUAAACCUUCAGUCUUUCGUCUUUAAUAUUCAGUGCAACUACACACAUGUUCAGCUCCCACAUGCAGUGAAUAUCUGUCCAAGGUGGAAUUUAUAUGAUCAAGUUAAACAUUUAAAACUGUGGCGAUUGUAAGUUGCUCUGUGAGCUUCUUAUAAUGAAUAGCACAGUGUUCUCUCAAAUAUUUACCAAAGAAAGAAACCUCGCUUGCUGUAUCAGAGCUUGUACAAAAGGACUGUUUGAACUGAUUUUUUUCCCCAAAUGUAUACAGUUCCAAGGGGAGGGGGACGGUUGUGGCCAUAUAAAACCAAUUUAAACCACAGCAGCCCAGGGACCUCAGGAGCUUGGUCGGUCAAGCAAAUAGAAUGUAAUGACAUCCCGGUUGCCUUCCAAGGGAAUAACACCAAGGGAAUAACACCAAGGGAAUAACACCAAGAGUGCACGUCCUAAGUUGGGUGGUCGAGCUCUGAAGGUUAACGACACUGGUGUUAGUCACCAAUGAGCUACUUCUCUUAUAAUUUAAAUCAAUAUUUGUCCCCCCCCCCCCGAAUCCGAUGCUUGUCUCUUUCCAACAGCUUUUUUUGCCCAGGCAGAAACUAAAAUUAUGUGAAGUGGAUGAUUUGUUCUGCCUGAUUCCAUUUAUAACUGGAAGACAUCCUUUUACCUAGUGUUCAGUUAGGCCAAAAAAAUAAAAUAGUCGGUCUCUGGUCAGACCGAAGUUCCGGAAUUGA